AUGGAAAGCAACACCGCUCUCUCAACCGCCCUUUUCGACGCUGAAUUUGCCAGCGCCUUCCUCAACGCUGUCGACCCCAGCUUCUCGUGGUCAGAUCUCCUCGGCGGUCCCUUUGCCGACGCUACCAUGUUCUGCGACGAGGCUGCAAUGUCCGGCUCAAUCGACGGCUGCACAGGCGCCGAUGGCAACAUUGCGCCUUUGAGCCCUGAGCCUGCCGCGCCGAAUGUCCAGGCCCAAGUCGCUGCACCCAUCUGUGCACCGCCGUCGCCUCCCCUGCAGCCCUCCCCCGAGUCUGCUGCCGACAGCGCCAAGCCCGAGGAAAGCGCUGGUCUGUCCGAGACCGAUGCCAGCCAGAUUGCCUCGGACAAGAAGAAGAAGGCCCCCGUUCGUGAGAACACCCGCAAUCUCGUCUGCUUCAAUUGCGGCACCAACCAGACCCCGCUCUGGCGCCGAACCCCCGACCGCAAGCACAGUCUCUGCAACGCCUGCGGACUUUACAUCAAGGCCUACCAGAUCCAUCGGCCCAUUCGCUCGAUGCGCCAGCGCCUGCCUGCCGGCCAGCCCCGACCGCGGGCCAGACAGCCCCUGCAUCCGUACGCUAUGGUUUCUGGGUUCCCUGGUGCUCCCCAGUUCAUGGGCAUGCCCGCCGGCCCUGCUCACAUGCAGGGCAUGCCUCCGUCCGCUGCCCCGCGGUAUCCCCCAGCGAUGCCAGUGGGAUACUCUCACCCUCCUGGCCCGUACGCUGGCCCCAAUGGCAUGCUGCCGCACUACCCCCACUGUGCUCCCCCAACCGGACACGCCGCUGCUCCUGCCAUGGCUGUCCCUGGCAGGCUGCCUCUUGCUGCCUCUGGCCCCGCCACACCAUUCCCGCCGCCGCGGAUGGCGAGCCCUCCGUCGAGCCCAAGCCAUCCUGGCUCGCCGUCUUCCAUUGGAUCGGUCGAAGCCGCUCACCACUUUGACAGCCCGCCGUUUGAGCCGGCCGCUCUCCACCCGCUGGAUGCAGCUUCCUCGGCAGCAAUGUUUUUGGCGCCGUCGCAGAUCAAGAUGGAGUCCGCCAAGAGCCCCUCGCCGGAUCCGCCAACCUACAUGAGCGCGCCAGCGGUGCCGUCGCACUCGGACGAGCUGGUGCUGCUGAGCAGCCUGGCGAUGAACCCGGAUCAGAUCGAGUCCUGGCUGGAGCGCAUCCAGCGUGAUGCAUCGAUUCUCCAGAGUGUUCUGGAGAAGAAGCGAGCACUCGUCUGA